CUAAGACAGUGUGUUGUCUUAGUAAAAUCAUCCCUUCCUUGGGUGGCUAGAUUCUCACAUCUGGUGCACCCACCAUUACAUGUCCUUACAUUAUACAAAAAAGAUCACGCCUGCCGGGGACGGCCGUACUUAAUAAUAUCCCACACCGGAACGACUCAGGAGAACUACCGUUACACCAUCGACUGCGACUCGGUGACGUUUCGGAGGAGAGACCUGACGACUUCAAAUAGCCGUGAUUCCAGAGAUCUCACGGACAGCCAGUGGAUCAGGGUUUGAUUCUUCAGAACAAGCUGGUAAAGUAGCUGACGCGUUGGCGCCAAAUAGGAUACGAGAUCCUUAAGAACCCCCUCCUAGCACAGAGGAAAUUGUGGACAAGAGCAUUGAUAGCUACAAGCUACCGGAAGUCAAGCUCUUUCGUAUCGGCACCGAUACACACCCGAGGCAAUAUGUCGAAAAAGCCGACAUCAAAAAUACCCCAAGACAACGAUGGUCAACUGCCCAGAAUGACUACCAGACAAACCACUGCUGCAGCAACGACUGCUGUGCCAUCCGAAGGCACCCCGAGUCGAAUGGCCCACCUUGAAGCACAGAUACAGGAGGUCAAGGAUCUACUAGUUACCCUGACGGCAGCCCAGACCAGAAUCCCGUCCACACCGCCGGUGGACGCCCCCAUACCUACAGUCGAAGCUACGGAGCAACGAACGCCUCGCACACGAAACACCCCUGAGACAAUUCAAUUGCUGCCUCUUCGGAACACUCGUUCUCCAUCGAUCCCUGGUCCUUAACCAUGACAUCACGUUAC